AUGGUUGCAUACAACAGGGGGUUGCUACUACUACUACUACAACAACAAUUCUUAUUAAUUCUACUACUAAAAUGUCUGGCAGUAUUGGGUGCAUCUAGUUCACUUUUCCAAAAUGUCAGUCAGCCGCAGCUAGAUUAUAGUUCAAUUGGAGAUCGAAUAGGAUUGUUUGGAUCGUUCUCGGCUGUUAGCUUUUACAACUACAAGGGUAUAUCAGAUCUGGUUAGUUUGCCAUUCGCUGGAAAAGAUUUACGAGGUAAUAAUUUACAUCGCAAAAGAGACAACAAUUCUUCUUCUUCAACAACAACAACAAUAUCAUCAUCAAACAGUAUAUACGUUCAAGACUCAAACACUAAUUUCAACUCAAAAUAUGCUGACCUAGACGGUCCAAUUAAUCAACUAUAUAGACUAUCAGAUGACACAGUUAUACUCAAUGGUGAUUUUACUACAUUUAAUGGUAAAGAAGUGAAAAGCCCCAUAAUUUACAACAUCACUUCAAACUCAACAACUGAUAUAAUAACCGACAAUGACAAUAUUGAUGGACACGUCAAUACCAUUUUCAUUGAUGAUGAUCUUGUGUAUUUGGGUGGUAACUUCACUUACAAUAGCACAGUUGGAGCAGCCAUUUACAAUAUCACCUCAAAAACCCUUUCUUCUACUUUAUUUCAAGGAUUUGGUAAAAAUGCAGUCAUAAACUCAAUUGCAAAAUUGGCCGAUACUAAGGACAAGUCAUUGGGAUCGAUUUUGUUUGGUGGUUCAUUCAAUACUUUGGGAUUAUCAGACUUACUAAUACAUAACCACACCACCAACUCUACACGACAUCAUAAUGAAACAAAUUCGACAAUUGUUAAUGCUGAACAACAAAUAUCACUAAGGCAUGGGCUGUUUACAGCGGUUAAUGCUCUAGACAAUAAUGACAAUUCACUUGUAAUUUGCCCCUCGGAAGAUAAUAUAUGGCAAGCAGUGCCAAGUUCAGGUGCAGAAUGGAAAGUUGAACUCCCUGAUGAAAUGAAGGGUAUUACUCCCACAAAGGCAAGAAUAUACAUACCUGAAAGUAAUAAUGGAAUCAAGUUGUUUAGAAUAUAUUCUUUCCCAAACAAUGGUAUCAUGAAUCUUACUUAUAUUGACCCGGAAACAAAUGAAUUGAGCACCUGUGAUGCUUGGUGUCCAUUGACUGCGUUUGAUCAAUUGAAUGAUUAUGUUGAAAACAAUAUUGACAAUGCUACUGAGUUAAAUCGAGAUGAUGUAUUUGUUGAUGAAGAGGAUGGAACCUAUUUCCGAUACUAUGACCCCAACACUAAAACCAAAAAUUUGGGAUACGGAUCAAAUUUUCAAGAAUUUGCCUUUAUUGAUUCUGUCGGAUUUGAUUCUAUUGGAUUGACAAUCAUUGAUUGGUAUGGCGAACAAGGGGCAUUUUCUGGGUUUGAAUUGUACCAAAACUCAAUACAAGUUUUUGGUAACAAUACGUUGAAUGAACCCAAUUGUGGCAGUGAUCUUGGAGACGACAACAACAACAACUACGCCGAGAUUGUCUCUGGCGAUUUCCAAUCUGUUAGGAGUGUGUCCACUGCAGUUACAAAUACUGAUUAUAUGGUGAGUUACGACACAUCAGCCAAGAUUGCAUUAUAUCCAAACAUAUCCUAUUCCGGGGAAUAUUCGAUUAUAAUGACCACUCCAGGUUGUGCAAUUGAUAACUCAUGUUCACAAAGAGUCAUUGUUAAUGUCACUGUAAUUGGUGAUGACGAUGAUAUCUUGUCGUCGAAUUUAAUCUAUCAAAAUAACGAGAAUAUCAAAUUUGAUUAUUUGUACCAUGGUCAUUUGAACAGCUCUGAUGGAAGUUCAAACAGGAUUGAGAUUUCAUUUCAUGAGCCAAUAUCAUCUGAUGCCGAGAAUCCAUUUAUGGUUAUCGAUAAAGUAGUGGCAAAUAUUGUUUCAUUGGACCUGUAUUAUGAUCGUAACAAUACCAAUCAUACCAGAAGCUCAUUGAGGUCAAAUUUGACUCGUAUCGAAUUGAAUGGAUUAUUUGAAUAUUCGUUGGCUAAUUUUUCAAACUUUGAUGAGAAUUUGGUACACUACAAGAUCAACAAUAGGACAUAUUUGAGUCCCAACAACACCUAUAUUGGAAAUUCAUCCAUCAACUUGUUGAGUAGUCGACUUUCUGAAGAUUCAGUUGUUGAUGAGAUUAACAUACACGAUGACUCAUUGUUUAUUCUUGGUCAGUUCGAAUCAGACAGUAAUAACUUGACUUUAUCCAAUAACAACAUGAUUACAUUGAAUGUUUCAUCUUACAAUACCACAUCGAAUGAGUCAAACAUAGACUUACCGACAACAUUGAGGAAAAGAGAUACACAUACGUUUAAAGAUGCAUCAUUCAACAAUUCAAUUUCUAGGACAUUCACGGUUGAUAAUGGAUUGCUAGUCCUUGGUCAAUUUGGUAUAUCCGAUGCCACUAUAAAGGAUCUUUCCAACAAGAAUGAAACAGUUUCACUGGCUAAUAAUUUUGCCAUAUUGUCCAAUGACAAUGAGUGGUUUGGGUUUGGUAACGAUUAUGAAGAUGCUGAAUUUGAUCAAUUUGCCAAUUUUAUCGUGGAUGAAGUUGAGUACUAUGUCUUUUCAGCACAAGGCACCAUAUUUAAAACAUGGGAUAACACCAAUUUUGAAUGGUCAAGUCGACAAUUCAACUUGACUCAAGCAGCAUCGCUCACUUCUCUGUUGCAAGUUCUUGGUGGUUCUGGUUUUAGUGUAAUGGAUUUCUACACCAAUGAUCAAGCAUAUGUUCGUAAUGCCAAUUUUUCCAAAUUUGGUAUUGACAUUGCCUCAAAUGACCAUAGCUACAUUUCAAGUUCAUUUUAUGUAAAUGAUUCCUUAAGUAUCAUUGGCGGUAAAUUCAAUUCAAAUAAUGUUGAAAAUGUUGGAAUCAUCAAUAAUAAGAGCCCUUCCAAUACGAUUCGAUCAUUACAAGGCGACAUUUCAUGGGAUGAUGAUGCUUUAAUUCAAGCAUUGUAUGCUGAUAGCAAUAGCGACUACUUGUUUAUUGGCUUGAAUUCAUCGGUGUCAAUCAAUGAUCAAGAUGUUACUGGUCUUGUUAUUUAUGACUUGAAAAAUGAUACAUUUGCAUCGUUCCAACCUGCAGCACUUUCGAAAAAUAGCGGUGACCCCAUCAGUGUUAAUUCAAUAGUGUUGUAUGAUGAUGGUAAGAAAUUGCUAGUUGGUGGAGAUUUCGAUGCUGCUGGAUCGUUGAGUUGUCAAUCAUUGUGUGUUUAUGAUAUUGCCAAUACGCGAUGGCUUGAUCCUCAAAAUGACAAUACUGAUCUGACUGCUAAAAUAGCUGGUGUGGUUACCGAUAUGAAGUUUUACACAUCAAGCCGAGUUCUCAUAUCGGGAAGAAACUUGACGGUUGAUGAUAAACAAGUUGUGUUUCUCACCUACAAUUUCAAAGGUGGAUCAUUCGACACUGAAUCAUCACUAAACUCAUUAAACAAGUCAGUUAAUCGAUUCAUUUUGAAUGAUCGUUCCAAUAGCGAUCUGAGUGGCAGAAUGAUUGCCAUGGGUGAUGAUUUCAUUUCCGGAUUCGAUGGAUCAAAAUGGUCCAAUAUAGAUUCCGGAAUCGACUAUUCUGAUUCGCAACCUGCCAUAUUCCAUGAUUUGAAACUAUUGACAUUAUCGAAAUCGUCAUCAUCCUACAAUGGUGAUUUAUUCGACAAGAAUAACAUCUUGCUUGUUGCUGGUACAUAUGCCCUCAAGGAUUAUGGACUCGUUAAUAUGGCAUUGUACAAUGGCACAUCAUGGAUCCCGUACGUUUACACCACAUCACCAAAUUCAUUUUCAACCAUUGGUGAUGUCCGGACCAUUCUCAUUGACGACUACUACCGUCUUCAAUCAUCGGAUGAUUUGAAAAACUUGCACAAUUACUUAUCGCGUGGUAAAGUUGUUGGUAUUUCCCUAGCUUGUGCUUUGGGUUCAACUUCAUUAUUUGGAUUAUUGUACUUGAUCCCCUACCUUGCCUUGUUUAAGAAUCGAAAGGGGUAUGUCCAAAGAAUCCAGGAACAGGAUAUGAUUGAUAGCGUUAACCCCGAGGAUUUGUUGCAUGAGAUUGAUUUACAACGUGAAAAGUAA